AUGUCAACCUGCAGCGCGUCUGCACGGCUGAAGUGCGCCGUCUCCGAGUUCCGCGUCGUCCAAGCACGCACUCUCCCGCCGCUGCUCUCCCCGUUCAGUCGCUCCCGCGCACGCCGCAACAGGGCGAAGGGAGACCCGAACGACACGAUUAGCGACAGGAAUUGCCACAUCUCGCCUGUCUUUGGCUCGGGGGAUCUCGAAGGGAAGAGAGCCGUACAGGGUACGUACGUACUACAGGAAUUAUAAAAUACAAUUGCCUGUUACAGUA